CCGGAACGCGAGCGCGGCGGGGCCGGUUGCCGGCCGGACGCGGAGAGACGCGGGACCCACCGGGUCGGUUAGUGGCGCGAGAUGGCGCGGGGAGGCGGCAAGGCAGCCAUAGUGCUGUGUAUGGAUGUAGGCUUUGCAAUGAGCAAUUCUGCUCCUGGAGAGGAGUCUCCAUUUGAACAAGCCAAGAAGAUGAUGACGAUGUUUGUGCAGCGACAGGUGUUUGCUGAGAGCAAAGAUGAAGUCUCUGUAGUUUUGUUUGGCACAGAUGGCACGGAGAAUACCCUUGCCAGUGGUGAUCAGUAUCAGAACAUUACUGUACAAAGACACCUGAUGCUACCAGAUUUUGAUUUGCUGGAGGACAUACAAAACGCGAUUCAACCAGGCUCUGAACAAGCAGACUUCCUGGAUGCACUUGUCGUGUGCAUGGACUUGCUUCAAAAGGAAACAAUAGGAAAGAAAUAUGAGAAACGACACAUUGAGGUGUUUACAGACCUUAGCAGUCCCUUCAGUGAGGAUCAGCUGGAAAUCAUCAUCGCUAACUUGAAGAAAACAGGAAUCUCACUGCAAUUUUUCUUGCCGUUUCCAGUGGAUGAUGAAGAGGGAAGUGGGGAUACAGGUGAUGGUCGACAUUCUGAUAUGUACAGAAACUCUUUUCCAAGGAAGGGCUUAACCGAACAGCAGAAAGAAGGCAUCUGUAUGGUGAGAAAAUUGAUGUUUGCUUUAGAGGAAGAAGGAGGCCUGGAUGAAAUUUACACUUUCAGAGAGAGCCUGGAGCGUCUUUCAAUGUUUAAGAAAAUCGAAAGAAGACCUAUGCCUUGGCCCUGCCAGCUAACUAUAGGUUCUAAUCUGUCUAUAAGGAUUGUGGCAUACAAAUCAUUCACGGAAGAGAAGCUGAAAAAGUCCUGGACUCUUGUGGAUGCCAAAACCUUAAAAAAAGAAGAUGUGCAAAAAGAGACUGUCUACUGCUUGAACGAUGAUGAUGAAACAGAAGUUCCGAAAGAUGAUCUUGUUCAAGGGUUCCGCUAUGGGAGCGAUAUAGUUCCUUUCUCUAAAGUAGAUGAGGAGCAAAUGAAAUACAAAACCGAAGCAAAGUGUUUUUCUGUAUUAGGAUUCAGCAGAUCAUCUCAGAUCCAGAGGCAUCACUACAUGGGCAACCAGGUUCUGAAGGUCUUUGCAGCGAAAGAUGAUGAGGCUGCAGCAGUUGCUUUUUCUGCUCUGAUUCAUGCUUUGGAUGAGUUGGAUGUUGUGGCCAUAGUACGUUAUGCUUAUGACAGAAGAUCUAAUCCUCAGGUUGGCGUAGCCUUUCCAUGUAUCAAGGAUGCAUAUGAGUGUCUGAUAUAUGUGCAGUUACCCUACAUGGAAGACUUACGACAAUACAUGUUUUCCUCUUUGAAAAACAAUAAAAAGUACACUCCUACAGAGGAUCAGUUAUCUGCAGUUGACUCUCUGAUUGAUUCUAUGAGUUUGGUUUAUGAAGAUGAUGAUGGGGAGACAACCGAAGACAUAUUUAAAACUAGCAAAAUACCAAACCCUCAGUUUCAGAGGCUAUAUCAGUGCCUGCAGCAUAAGGCUUUUCAUCCUGACAAGCCAUUGCCACCCAUUGAACAGCACCUUUUAGAAAUGUUGGAGACACCUCAAGAGGUGAGAGAAAGAUGCCAGGUUCCUCUUGAAAAAAUAAAGGCACUUUUCCCCCUGAAAGAUGCUGGCAAGAAGAAAGAACAGAAGACUGCUCAAGAUGUCUUCAAAGACAACAAUGAAGAUGGACCCAGUACUAAAAAGGCAAAUGCUGAAAAUGAAGAAGGCAGCUUUAGCAUCGCAAACCUUGCUGAAGGCAAUGUCACCACUGUUGGGAGUAUUAACCCAGCAGAAAACUUCUGUGUUCUAGUGAGGCAAAAGAAUGCUAACUUCAAGGAAGUGAGCCAGCAGCUGGUAAACCGCAUUGAACAGUUUUUGGAAACUAAAGGUUUACAGUACUACAUGAAGAGCAUCAACUGUAUUAGAGUUUUCAGAGAAGAGGCCAUUAAGCUGUCAGAGGUGCAAUGCUUUAAUGAUUUCCUGCAGGCCCUGAAAGAAAAGGUGGAAGACAAAACCUUAGCUGAUUUUUGGGAAAUUUUGAUACAAGAUGGAAUUUCUUUGAUCACCAAAGAUGAAGCAGAAGGUAGUUCAGUGACUAGUGACGAAGCCAAAAAGUUCUUGGCCCCCAAAGAAAAACCAGCUGAAGCUCCAUCAGUGGCUGGUGAAGGUGGUGACGUGGAUGAUUUACUGGACAUGAUGUAAGUGGCUGGACAAUAUCUGAGGACUUCUGAAGAACUCUGUUGCAGGGGGCAUAAAAUAGCCAUUGAAGAGAAGAUAGAUCAUCCAUUCUUCUGUUGGUAGAAGUUUCUUGAGAGAGAACAGCAGUUUCAAAGGCACUUCUAUUUGGUAUAAACCUCAGAGCUGAAUCAACUGCAGUUAGUACAAGACUUAAUGUAGAUUAUUUCAAUCUUCUGUACAUUUUUCUGUAGUAAAUCUUUUUUCUAAAAAGAAGUUGUUUCACACUCAAUAUUGUAAUGUUGCUAUAUUUCAGAUUCCAGCUAAACACCACUAAUUUUAGUGAGGCCCAGUGUUAGUGUCUUACAUCAUCGGUGUAUUGUUUGGAGAGAAUGAAGUAUGGAGGUCGGUGUGAGAUCUCAAGAUAAUAUAGAGGAACUUUUAGUAUGAGUAAAUCAGUAGCUUCCUAAUUCUAAAGGAAGAAAGACAUUACUUUUCAUGGUCUCUGUCAAAUCAGGAAAGGGAGAACAAGUAGGUAUUUUGGGCUAAAAAGAGUAACUUAAAAAAUGUCCAGUCCACGGAUUCAUAAUGUAUUCACUCAAAAUAUAAAACUGAAUCUACAGUACAGCAAAACAUUUCCAUCAUGUUGAUUUGUCACAGUAUAUCCAAAUCAGUGAUUAUUCUCUUGUUUUUCUUGUUUGGAUCCUCUCCAGCACGAGACAGUAACAGCGUUGUUUAGAAGUCAUCUUUCAUUUUACUCUUCAGUCUCUUCCCUUUUCAGUGGGUACCAUCACCAUUGACCUGUUAUGUUCUCUCUUGUUCUGAUGUACUUGAUGGCGUCAUUCUCUGCUUGAUGCACCUUCAGGUCCUCCACAGACUUUAACUGCUGCAUUUAUUUUAGCUAUCUCAAUGUUAACACAAUGAAUGAGUCAGUUGUUCCUCUCUUGUGCAUUGUAGCUAAUUGCUAACAAGCUGCAAAGGAAUCUUUUAAAGUUUAAAAAAUUAAAAGUACUCAGCACAGAUGAUUAUGGUUCUUCAAAAGACAUAUUGAUACGCACAGUGCUUGCCACAAGCAACCAGAAGAAAGUAAGUGGUUCAGUUAGGAUUCAGAAGAUACCUGAAUUCUGCUUGGAACCAGUUACUUGGUUAUGAUGUCCUAUGAUAGACUUAUACUGCAAACAUUUUUUCUGGGAUUAGUUUAACGCCUUAUUCCUCGUUAAAACUGGGUCAUCUCAUUAUUGUUAACAUAAGCAUACUAUAUGGAAGGGAGCUGAGACGACAGUAAUCUCUAAGACCUGGGCUGUGCUUAAAAUGAGCUUUGGUUUGGAAUGUCUGCCUUUCUUAUAGAGUGAUUCCAGGUUCAGGUAACACAAGUGUCUCCUCUCCCUUCCUGGCCAUGCAGGAAUAGUCUCAUUGCCCCACGUUUGGGUCAUACGUGGAAGAUGGCCACCCACACUGAGUUCAGAAUGAGUUCUGUGAACAUUCUUUGGAGUUGGUUCCCCUGGGGCUGAUUGGCAGCAAACAGACUGUUGUUCAAAUCACCAGAGCCUUAGUGUCCCCCAGAAUAUUUUUUCAUAAUUUUAAAUAAUAUAGAUCUGGCUACAAAUCCAUUCUCUUGAGUGUCUUUUGAUGUCAAAUUUCCAUGUUGUCACUGGCCGGUUUUUCGUUUUCUUAUUUAAAAAAAUUGGUUAAUACAAUAUUUCAAGGGCUUUUUUUUUUCAACCCAUUUUGGCAGUCUUUGGAGCCAUAUUGGCUAAAAUCAGUUCAUGAUAGACUGUUUCCUACCUUUUUGGAAGAGAUAUAAAUGAAUGUUGGGAUGGCCCCUUAAGACUGGAGGUUGUCCAAUAAAGGUGGUUUCUUAUACAGUUUUCAUUGUAAACAAAGCUAGCUCUGAACAUGAAAAGCCCUGUAUAAAGAUCAAGUGUGAUUCCGUUGUCUGUGUUUUGCAAACAUAAAUACCCACGACACCCCCAUGAGGUAGGUAUCCCUGUUUUACAGAGAUAUUUAAGGGUCUUGGCCGGGCCCACAGGGGGAUUUAGAAGUAAUUCUGUGAGCCAGGAUUAAAAACAAACAGUGAACGUACAUAAGUCAAUAUGAUGGUAUCCUGCAGGAUAUCCUGUUGUUUACACAGUACAUUUAUACUCAGAGUUGCUAGAUCUGAAGAAGGUGAACAAGGAUUUAAAGGAUUUAAGGAAGGCAUUAAAUGAAACAAAAUGGACUCCUAAGAAGUACCUGAGACUCUUUCGUUCAUUCUAACCCUCCCAUCAUUACAAUUGUAAUAGUUCAAGAUUGAAGUUUGAAAUGGUCUGUUGUAAAUAGGAUGAAAUUCAAUAAGGGCAAAUGCAAAAUAUUCCUCUUAGGAAGGAACAAUCAGUUGCACACAUACAGAAUGGGAAAUGACUGCCUAGGAAG